AUGUCUAAGACUCUUCAAGCCAUCAAGUUUGACUCUGGAGAUCGCACUCUGGAGAUUCUUGACCAGCUCAAACUUCCUCAUAUUAGUGAGUAUGUGUCUAUUAAAGACACAAAGGAUGGUUUUGAUGCCAUUCGCUCCAUGACUGUACGUGGAGCUCCAGCCAUUGCGAUUGUUGCUGCUUUAUCUCUUGCUGUGGAGCUUAAUAAGAAAUUUGUUGUUGAGCCCACAUCUGCCAAUGCAGAAGAAGUGGCUACUUAUGUUAAGGAGAAACUUGCGUACCUUGUUGAAUCCCGACCUACUGCUGUUAAUUUAUCGCGAGCUGCUAAGGAUUUGACUCUUUUGGUUGAUGAGAACAAAAAUAACGGUUCUGGUAAAGAUCUUGCCGAACUUGUGAUUAAGGCCGCGGAAGCCAUGCUGGAAGCUGACGUGGCUGAUAAUAAGGCUAUUGGUAAGAAUGGUGCCGAAUGGGCCAUUAAGCAGCUGUUGUUGCCUAGUGACUCUUCAGACAGCAAGUUUUCAGCAUUGACCAUUUGUAACACGGGCUCAUUGGCCACUGCUGGGUAUGGUACUGCAUUAGGAAUCAUUCGCAGUCUUUAUUCCAGUGGACGUUUAGAUCACACUUAUGCUUGUGAAACUCGCCCAUAUAAUCAAGGUUCACGGUUGACUGCUUAUGAGUUGGUUUAUGACCAAAUUCCUGCAACGCUUAUUACAGACAAUAUGGCUACAGCAUUAUUGUCUCAGCGUGAAAGAGGCCCUAGAGGAGAAUCGCAUGCACCUGUGCGGUUGAUUGUUGUUGGUGCUGAUCGUGUUGCUCGCAAUGGCGACACUGCAAACAAGAUUGGUACGCAUCAGUUAGCUGUGCUUGCGAAACACUUCAACAAGCAGGGUGACGCAGUACGGUUUGUUGUCGCAGCCCCAACCACAUCAAUUGAUCUUAAUACAGCCACUGGUGCAGACAUUGUGAUUGAGGAGCGACCUCAGCAUGAGUUGGUGCAAGUUCGUGGGCCCGAAGUUAUUGGAGGUCAAGUGAGUAGCGAUAGUGAACACCGCACGGUGCACGUGGCGGCGCCAGGCAUUGAUGUGUGGAACCCAGCAUUUGAUGUUACGCCGCAUGCGCUUAUUGAUGCGAUUGUUACUGAGAGGGGAGUUGCAGAAAAGAAUGCGGCUGGUGAUUUUGAUCUGGAUGUUUUGUUUUGA